AUGACUUCUAAACAUUCUUUAGGAUACAACCCAUUUAUAGACGUGCAUAAUGAUAAUCAUAAGAAUAAAAGGCUUAAGUUACGACUUCCUCCCAAAUUCAUGAAAAAGCCAAGAAUUCUAAGUUUAGAUGAACCACUUAAACCUGGGUCCAGCAAAAACUACGAGCAUAUUAAUAAGAACAGUGAUUUAAUAAUCAACAAUGAAAUUCAAGAUGAUAUAAGAACAGAUGUUGAUGAUGUGAAAACACAGCGUCGUGAUCGUGAUGAAGAUAGACGCAUUAAAAGUUCUGAUUUUAAGAAGCAAACGAAAGCGUCAUUUGAAAAUGAUACAGAGAAUUAUCCAUUUCGCACAGAUAUUGGUCAACUAAACAGAAGCAACUUUAAAAGGACAAAGCAAAAUUCUGAAUCAGAUGAUGACAAGUUCAUGAUUAAAACAGAACAAAAGACAGACGAAGAAUUAAUUCAGGAGUGCGAGGAGACCGAAGAGAUUGCAUAUCAAGAACAGCCUGAACGUGUUACUCAACAAAAGCAUAGCCGGAAGGAGAAGAGUGUAUCCCCAGUUAAGAUAGAAAGUGAUGAUAUCCUUGAAUCCAUUGAAGUCAAAAGAGAAGGAAGUUGCAACAAUGAAGUGGAAAAGUUGGAUGAAACGAAGAACGGAUCGUUUACAAGACGAUCCAGUGAUGAAGGAAGCAGUAGUCAGGUUCCUAAUACGGAUUCUGAAGAUACGAAUGAGGAGGAGGAUAUUCCGGUACAGGUUCGUUCGGAACUGACUCUGGUAGCUAAAUCUUUUCCAGGAUUAUCCCAUAAGUAUAAGCUUAUGGAUAAAAUUGGAGAGGGGACGUUUUCGUCUGUUUAUAAAGCAAUGGAUCUUCGAGAUGUAACUAAGAAAAGUUUUGCUAAUGUUGGAUGGAUGAGCCAGAUGGAAUAUAAACGGGGGCAUCCAUUAGUUGCACUCAAACUUAUAUAUGUCACCUCCUCUCCACAAAGAAUAUUGAAUGAACUCCAGUUGCUACACAGUCUUGUUGGAUGCCCAAACGUGGCUCCCCUGGUUGAUGCACUACGAUAUGAAGAUCAAGUGAUAGCUGUUCUUCCCUAUUACAAGCAUGCUGACUUCAGGGACUUUUACAGAGAUUUGCCCUUGUCAGGAAUUCGUAUAUAUAUGAGAGAACUCUUAGAAGCAUUGUCAUUUGUACAUGAAAAGAAAAUCAUCCACAGAGAUAUUAAGCCGACGAAUUUCCUCUAUGAUCCAUUCACCAGAAGAGGGGUUUUGGUUGACUUUGGAUUGGCCGAAAGGGAAUGUGUGCCGGAUCCAAGUGCAUGCCCUUGUGUCAAAGGUGGCCUUUCUAAUGAUGAAAUUCCACCUGAAAAUAUUCUACCAACUACUGGAUAUCUUAAGGAUGAUUCAAGACCAGGUCGACGUGCAAAUAGAGCUGGUACUAGAGGUUUCCGUGCUCCGGAAGUGUUAUUCAAGUGCCCCAAUCAAACAACAAAGAUUGAUAUUUGGUCUGCAGGCGUAAUGCUUCUCACAUUGCUGGCCAGGAGAUUUCCCUUUUUUAACUCAUCGGAUGACAUUGAUGCAUUGACGGAACUCACAGCAAUUUUUGGACGGGACGCCAUGAAGAAAUGUGCAAGGUUGCAUGGUCUUGGAUUCGAAUGUAACCUUCCUCAUCUUGAGUAUAUGCAUCCGUUUGGCUCUAUAGUUUACGUUGCAGUUCUUCUGGAUGCGAAGGAAGGUGAUACAUUUGCUGAUGAUUCUCCAGCCUGGGAACUCUUAAGUGCGCUUGAUAAGAAUGGAAGACCAACAGAUACGCCUUUGGGUAAAGAUUAUGCCGAAGCACUAGCUUUACUACGGGAAUGUCUGAUGCUCGACUAUAAAGAGAGGGUGACUGCGGAUGAGGCAUUGCAACUAGAUUUCUUUACCAGACACACAGCGGACACAGAUGAGGUUUUGUUAGGGUGA